AUGACGAAGCAUACCAUCACUCCAAUCAAUAAACAUUGGACCUUCAAGCAAGGAGACAAGAAGGACUCAAAGUUCUUACCGGUUGCACAAUUUCCGACCAACGUCCACUUGGACCUCAUUGCCAACAACAUAAUUCCAGACCCGUUCAUUGGCAAGAACGAGAACGACGUACAAUGGAUUGGCGAGGUGCCUUGGACUUACAAGACUACUUUCACAUCCCCGACUCUGACCAAGGAGCAGAGAGGAGAUGUCAAGGCCGUGCUUGCAUUCGAUGGCUUGGACACAUAUGCCACAGUUGUACUCAAUGGCAGGGAGAUCUUGAAGACAGAGAGCAUGUUCAUUCCUGAACGAGUCGAUGUGUCAACAUAUCUGAAGUUGGAAGGCGACAACGAACUAGAGAUCACAUUCGAAAGUGCAUAUUUGAAAGGCUGUGCUAUUGUCGAAAGAUAUCCAGAUCACCACUGGGGAUGCUGGAAUGGUGAUACUUCUAGACUUGCGGUUCGGAAAGCGCAGUACCACUGGGGAUGGGAUUGGGGCCCAACUCUCAUGACAUGCGGGCCUUGGCGACCAAUCAAUCUUGAAAUCUUCUCUUCUCGGAUAUCAGAUCUUUAUUUCACGAGUGAUGUGGACGAAUCUCUAGAGUCCGCAAAACUUGUCGCCAAGGCUGACGUUGAGGGCGGCGCAUCAGAGGUCCUAUUCGUUAUCUCCUUGGACGGAAAAGAGGUGGCCUCAAAGACCGUCAAGACUUCCCAUGGCCAUGCGACACACGCUUUCGAAAUUUCAGAUCCAAAGUUGUGGUAUCCUGUUCGCUACGGCGAACAACCUCUCUAUAAUAUUACUUCCCAUCUGUUGCAUGGUGGCUCGGAGAUCGAUUCUCAAUCUAAGAAAUUUGGACUAAGACGGGCAAAACUCGUCCAAAGGUCUAUGCCAGAGCAGCCGGGCACAACUUUCUUCUUUGAAAUCAACAACAUUCCGAUCUUUUGUGGAGGUAGUGACUGGAUCCCAGCCGAUAACUUCAUUCCACGUAUCAGCAAGGAGAAGUAUUAUGACUGGGUGAAGCUAGUAGCUGACGGAAAUCAAUUUAUGAUCAGAGUAUGGGGUGGUGGAAUUUUCGAAGAGCAAGCAUUCUACGAUGCUUGCGAUGAGCUUGGAAUUCUGGUCUGGCAAGACUUCAUGUUUGGGUGUGGAAACUAUCCUGGUUUUCCGGAGUACCUGGCAUUGGUGAAGACAGAGGCCGAGGAGAAUGUGAAGCUUCUUCGACAUCAUCCCUCAAUUGUCAUCUGGGCUGGCAAUAAUGAGGAUUAUCAGUACCAGGAGUCAGAGGGGUUGACGUAUGAUCCCGAAAACAAGGAUGCCGAGAGCUGGCUGAAGACCGAUUUCCCAGCUCGCUACAUCUACGAAAAGAUUCUCGUUGAUGCAUGCAAAGAGCUGGUGCCUGACACCUAUUAUCACUUCGGUAGUCCUUGGGGUGGCAAGAAUACCACGGACCCCACAAUGGGCGACAUUCAUCAGUGGAACGUCUGGCACGGAUCCCAGGAGAAGUACCAAAACUUUGAUAAGCUCGUGGGUCGAUUCGUGUCGGAAUUCGGCAUGGAGGCGUUCCCCAACAUAAAGACCAUCGAGUCCUUCCUGCCACUAGGCAAAGACGACCCAGACUGCUUCGCCCAGUCAUCGACUGUCGACUUUCACAACAAAGCAGAUGGCCAUGAACGUCGAAUCGCACUGUAUCUUGUGGAGAAUUUCCGUUACGCCCCUGAUCCACUCGAGCAAUUCAUCUACUCAACACAACUCAUGCAAGCUGAAUGUCUUGCAAGCGCAUAUCGUCUCUGGAAACGCCAAUGGAAGGGACCAGGAAAGGAGUAUUGUGGUGGAGCUCUUGUGUGGCAAAUCAACGACUGCUGGCCAGUUACUUCAUGGGCCAUUGUCGACUUCUACCUUCGUCCCAAGCAUGCAUACUACACCGUCAAACGGGAAAUGGCACCUAUAUCCCUUGGAGUUACAAGGAAAGAACACCUAAUUCCAAAAGACAGACACACUCGAGCAUACAUCGACAAGAAAACCAAUAUCGAGAUCUGGGGUUCAAAUCUAACGUUGGAUGACAUAAGAGCCGACGUCGUCGUCAAGGCUUUCGAUGUCAUAUCGGGCGAAGAAACAUACUCCAAGACCGUCAAGUCUGCUUUUCUUCUUCCCGAAAACCGUAGCACAGAGAUUAUCGACUUCGAUGUUCCCGUUAGACACGCGAACUCUGGUGAAGAAGCACGUACUGUCGUUGCUGCUUAUCUUUACGAAGAAGGCUCGCAGAUUGCGCGAUACAUCAACUGGCCGGAGCCAUUGAAGUACGUGCAUCUGCAGAAACCUAAACGCCUGGUCGCAGAGCUCAGCAAAGAUGGCAAGACUGUAGAUUUGAGCGCUGAAGUUCCUGUCAAGGGCGUCGCGGUCGAAUGCGAGGAUGAAGGUGUGAGCUUUGGGGACAAUUUGGUGGAUAUUGUGCCUGGAGAAGUGGUUUCUAUUGCCGUCAAGGGAGCGAAGAAGACAACGAAGAUUACGACGAGGUAUCUGGGUAUGGUGUAA